CUCUUCUGAUUCUGCUCUCGCCCGAGUCCGACAGGCGUCCAUGCCCAUUUCUCCUUCCUCUGGAUCCUUUGUCUGCUUCACGUCUCUCUACCAUGUGAAGCAAAGCAACACUCUUCUACGGUCAGAGCGGCCGGUUCCGCGAGUAUGUCUGCAUUAACCUGCGCUAGAUUGUCGGCAUGGACCGUUGUUGCUGUUUUUCUGCAAAUCCUUGGUAUCUCUCUCUUCGUCUUCGGGUUUUUCCCCGUCAAACCAGCUCUCUCAGGCGUCAGUGGUCCAGAAAGCUAUCGUUCGCCAAUGUGUCAUUCUGUUGAAGAUCGUGAUGAGAGAAGUCUGCCUCCUCAUCAACUGAGAUCUUUGUACCAGGAGAUGUCUGGGAUCCCUCCUUCAUUUGACCAAUUAAUUCUAAUGGUUGUUGAUGGUCUUCCAGCAGAGUUUGUUCUCGGAAAGGAUGAUCAGCCGUCGACUAAAGCUAUGAUCGAAGCUAUGCCAUAUACGCAGUCUUUGUUAUCAAAUGGAAUGGCAGUGGGAUAUCAUGCAAAGGCUGCUCCUCCCACUGUUACAAUGCCUCGUUUGAAGGCAAUGGUUUCGGGGGCUAUUGGGGGAUUUUUAGAUGUGGCUUUCAACUUUAACACACAAGCCCUUUUAGAUGACAACAUUCUUGGUCAAUUCUACGACAUUGGUUGGAGAAUGGUGAUGCACGGUGAUGAAACAUGGCUUAAAUUGUUUCCAGGAUUAUUUACAAGAUACGAUGGUGUCAGUAGUUUCUAUGUAAAAGAUACUAUAGAAGUGGAUCACAAUGUCUCUCGCCAUUUGGAAGUUGAGCUUAGCACUGAUGACUGGAAUCUUUUGAUUCUUCACUAUUUAGGUUUGGAUCACGUUGGACAUACUGGUGGGCGCAGUAGUAACUUGAUGAUCCCAAAAUUGAUGGAGAUGGACGAGAUUAUUAAGAUGAUUCACAUGAGUAAAAUCCUGCCUGAAGAUGAUCCUCAUAGGCAGACUCUUUUGCUUGUUGUCAGUGACCAUGGUAUGACUGAAAACGGGAAUCAUGGAGGAUCCUCCUAUGAAGAAACCGACUCCUUGGCUCUUUUUAUUGGUCUGAGAUCAAAGAUUUUAACUUAUGCAUCAGCGACUCAAAAUGCAGCUUCUCAGGUUGAUAUGGCUUCAACAUUAGCUCUUCUUUUUGGUGUUCCGAUUCCCAAAAACAAUGUUGGUGUCCUAAUGCCUGAAGUUUUUGGUUCUUUGACAGAUGAUCAAUGGAUAAGAGCAUUGGAGUUGAAUUCCUGGCAACUACUAAGAUUACUACAGGCACAAUUACCUGGUUUAUCUCAACAAAGUUUUCCAUGUAAUGACUCUAGUUAUGAGCAGUCAUCUAAAUUCACCGAGUGUAUUGGGCAAUUGGAGCAGAAGUUUUGCCAUUUCUAUUCCAAAGCUACAGUUUUCCAUAGUUCCUGGAAAUCUAGGAAAGGCCAAACUAUUGGGUCAAUUAAUAUAGAUGACUUGAGGAAUGCUGUUAAAGCAUAUGACGAAUUCUUAAGAAUAGCAAGUGACUGGUUAUCGCGUAGAGCCACUGAUAAGCCUCUUGAUUUGCUUACAUCUGGAGUUGCAACAAUGUUUGUGUCAUCUAUGAUACUGUUGAGGCUUCUAUUCUUGUUAUGCAAACAGGCAUUCUUUGCAGAGAAGCAAUUUCUUCCUAAUGGAAACAAAUGUAGCUACAAGUGGGAUUUAGAUGAACUUUUUGUUUUGAGUGCAAUCUUGAUUGUUGCUCUCAGUAUGACCUCAAGUUCUAUAGUGGAAGAAGAGCAAUAUAUAUGGCAUUUUAUGGCAUCCACAUUGUAUUUGAUAUUUCUCCGUAGGACAUUCCAAUCUGUUCCGGCAGGACCAGCUCCAUUUUUGCUUAAUGUUUUCAAUGGACAGAACUGCAGAAAAUAUUCUCAGGUGUCAUCUGUCAUUUUGGUGCUCAUUUGUGGUAGGAUUUUGAGAGGCUGGCAUCAAGGUGGCGUGAACUGGACUCAUCUCCCUGACAUUUCAAAAUGGCUUGAGCAGGCAGGCCCUCACAGCAUAAAAUCCAUCCAGAUAGCAUCAAUUCUAGCUAUUAUCAGCUUGUGGUCAUUUCUCCUAUAUUCAAUAAGAUCAAAGAGAGGUUUUAUUCUUACAGUCCAAACCAUGUUUCUUAUAUCUGGAUUGUUGGUAUUGUUGCACACACUGGAAUAUCAGGACCAUACAUUUGCUGUAUUUGGCUACACUACCACUUCAAUAGCUCAGAUGGUAUAUGUAAGCCUUGGUGUGACAGUGAUAAUGACUGCUGUAGCCUCACCAUGGGUUAUGUAUUACUCAAACUCUGAGACUCGAUCAAAUGGAAAAGCUCAUCUGGUGACUUUCUCUUCCAUUGAUAAUGGAAUUGGGUCUUGUUUGUUCGAAUUAAGAUACUCUUCAUACUUGACUGGAUGGGCGUACACAGCAUCUUGGUGCCUUCUGCAGGGGCUACUACAACAGCCAAUAAACACUGUGCCUAUAUUAUUAAUUUUCUUGCAAAUCCUGUCCAGCUUGGUUUAUUUUUCAACUGGUGGUAUACGGCACAAAUUGUGGGUUGAGGUUGCUGCAUUAUAUUUUUUGGGUAUGGCAGGCCAUUUUGGUCUUGGAAACAGCAAUACUCUAGCUACUAUUGAUGUUGCUGGAGCUUACAUCGGCCUUUCCAGUCAUUCGACUUUAUUUGCUGGCAUCUUAAUGUUCACGAUUACCUUUGCAUCUCCACUGUUACUUCUCCUAAGCAUGGUGAUGUAUAUCUCCAUUAAGGACAUGAGGUAUCUAUCAGUCUCACAGGUUGCGGAUAUGGGGCAUUUGCUCCUUAAUACCAUUGCGUUCCCUUCACUUGUUCCCCUGAGUUUGAACUCAAUUCUGUUAACCACAUUCACUGUCGUUUUGCUGCUGAUGAGGAACCAUUUAUUUGUUUGGAGCGUAUUUUCACCAAAGUACUUGUAUGUUUGUGCUACUACUGCAAGUGUCUAUGCUGGGGUGACUGCAGUGGCUGCAACUGGGAUUUAUAUAUGUCUGGUGGUUGCAUUAUCGAUAAGAAACAGCAAUGGAAACAUUAGAAGCCCAAGGUGACAAGAAACUGAGCAUCCAUUGGUGCAUAGGUGUAAGAGUUACCAGUAUUCUGUUUGACACUAAUUUUGAAAGCUUAUAGUCAUCUUUUGAUAAUUAUCAUUUUAAUUUUAAAUUUUAAGCUAUUCUUUGUUCUUUA